AAUUUUUUUAAUUGAAAAAGAAAGACUAAUACUGUGAUAUAUAUUGAGGUUUUUGUGUGAGGACUGAGGAGGAAAAAAGAAAAAGAGAAAAAGGGGAAAAGAUGAACAGUGAGUAAAACUGGCUUUUUUCUCCCUUUAUCUAUCCAUCUUUUUUCCUUCUCUCUAUCUGUGACUGUGAGAGUGAGCCCUUCUUUCAUCAACUACAACAAACAAACCUGACUGCAUAUACUAUAUGCUGCCAUCCGCUGUUUAAUUUACAAUUUCUUUUUAAUUUUCUUCUUAGCUUCUUUUUGUAAAGCCUGAAAUCAGUAAGCUUAAAACUCGGGAGAUCACUGCCUCAAAAGAUUAGGUCAUAGCUUUUCAUCACUUCUUCCUCUCUACUAUACACACACUGUUCUAGAGAGAGAAAGAGAGGAAAAAAAUGGAGAGUGGUGGCGGUUCUAUUGCUUCUUUGUGCCCCAUGAUGAUGAUGAUGCCUUCUAGCACCGACCAAGACAACAACAACAACAAUAGCAAUCAGAAUAACGAGGGUUCCGCAGGUUAUUUCGUGGAUAACAACAACAAUGGCGGCGGGGGCGGUGGGGGUGAGGAGGGGAAAUGUUCUUCUUCUUCUUCUUCUUCUUCUGUGAAGGCCAAAAUCAUGGCGCAUCCUCACUACCACCGCCUCUUAUCCGCCUAUCUCAACUGCCAGAAGAUAGGAGCUCCGCCGGAGGUGGUGGCGAGAUUGGAGGAGGCUUGCGCCUCCAUGGCCGCCAUGGGCCGUGCCGGCGGCACUUGUCUCGGUGAAGAUCCGGCGCUUGACCAGUUCAUGGAGGCUUACUGUGAAAUGCUGACAAAAUAUGAACAAGAACUCUCCAAACCCUUCAAGGAAGCCAUGCUUUUCCUGUCCAGGAUUGAAUCCCAGUUCAAGGCUCUAACCCUUCCUUGUUCCUCUGAAUCUGCAGGUGCUGAUGCGAUGGACAGAAAUGUUUCGUCUGAAGAGGAGGUUGAUGUGACGACGGGUUUCAUAGACCCUCAGGUAGAAGACCGGGAACUGAAAGGUCAACUUCUGCGCAAAUACAGCGGAUACCUGGGAAGCCUCAAGCAAGAGUUCAUGAAGAAGAGAAAGAAGGGGAAGCUCCCCAAGGAAGCCAGACAACAAUUGCUCGAUUGGUGGACCAGACAUUACAAAUGGCCAUAUCCCUCGGAAUCCCAGAAGCUGGCACUGGCUGAAUCAACGGGACUAGACCAGAAGCAAAUCAAUAACUGGUUUAUCAACCAGAGGAAGCGCCACUGGAAGCCCUCGGAAGACAUGCAGUUCGUGGUUAUGGACACCGCUCAUCCCCAUUACUACAUGGACAAUGUGCUCGGCAAUCCUUUCUCGAUGGAUAUCACACCAACUCUCCUUUGAUCCCGAAGAGGAAUGCUCGAGGAGCUGAGGUUGCUGCGCGUGCUGUUUGGGUUUGUGAUAUGAAAUUACUCCGAAAUAUAUAUAUUAUAUUAUAUGUAAGUAGGGUUGCAUGCUUCCUAUAUCUAUCUGUAUCUGUCAGCCAUUGCAUACUACCUGGUAUGCUUGUAUUGUGCAUUGCUAUGAACCUAAACAUUUGACUCGGUUCUAUAUUCAACUAGAUGGUAUAAUAAUUAUAGUUGCUGGGGUAUAUUUUAUACCAGUUUGGUAUUUUGGAUGUCA